AUGGCACAUUCAAUCUCUCAUGAAUCUGUUAUUGAUCGGGCUGCGUUCGAGGCAUACACACAACUUCGAGCAAUAGCUAAAAAAUAUAAAGUCGAAAACGAACUCGAGGUGCCUCAAUUGGUAAUUGUUGGCGAAACAUCGACGGGCAAGUCGAUGUUAGUUCAAAAUUUUCUUCGAUUUCCAUGUUCGUUCUCACAAGCUGAUGUUGCCACACGUUGUCCAGUUGCUUAUCGACUCGUCUAUAAUCCGACUUUGCCCCUUGGUGAACUUCGUAUUAUUCGACCAACUGGUAUCACUGCUUCUCAACUGGCGAAUUAUUUACAACAAUUAAUGAAACAUAUUCAAGAAGAAUAUGCCACAACGGGAGGUUUUCGUCAAGAACCAGAAUGGAUUGAGAUCGAAAGUGCUGAAUAUACGGAUUUCGAAAUUAUUGAUAUACCAGGUCUAGUUGGUGGUGAUAAAAUUGCUGUGAAUCGACAAGCAGUAGAAAAGAUUGCGGAAUCAUUCGUACGAAAUCCUCGUUUCUCGAUUGUCCUGGUGAAAGAAACUACACAGGUUACUGAUAAUAGUCAUGGAGCACGUGUUAUCCACGAUAUCUGUACGAAACCAAAUGGUAUCGAUACUACACUACCACCAAGACAUGAUUACCGUCAAAAUAUGAUCACUGUACACACCAAAUUUGAUUCGUUCAUGUUAAAUUUUACAAAUGGAACAGCAGUCAAUAAAAAUGUUGCCAAGCAAUUACAAGAUUUUGGCCCAUCUUUCUUCACAAAUAUGAUCUUUGGUGGAUAUUCAAUGACAGAACGAUCCUUCGAUGAAAAUGUCAAAUAUCUUCGUGAGUUACCACAUCAAGAACAACAAGAAGUCGACAAAUGGAUCGAAGAUAUCAAUCGAAAGAGCGGUCAACCUCCAGAUAAUUAUCAACCUUUCGAUGUUCAAUAUCGCGCACGCAUUGGCAUCGAUGUAGUACGAAAUCAAAUUCAAACCCUUUGGCUCAAGUCUUUCCGUGCUGCUCUGCCAAAAUUGAAAACGACAAUUGAUGAACAACUCGAAGAGGCACGACGCAAGUACGAUAGUGAACAAGAAUGCUACAAAUUGCUUGAUCCCAAAUCAUUACAAGAGAAUUAUCUUCAAUAUUUGAACGAUUUUCGAACUACUCUUUGUCAAUAUGUUGGUUACAAAUCCGAAAUAGAUUUCAUCUUUCCACUUGAACGAUGUGGUCAGACAUACGAGGAGAUUGAAGCUGACUACAGUGAAUGGAAGCGAAAGAAACAGGUGACAUGGCGUGCUUAUUUAACAGCAAACGAAUUGAAAGAACGAUUUCCGGAAGAACAUGAAACUCUCAAUCUACGUCUUGUUGGUUCUCGUCAUUUUACACGACUUCACAACAUAUUUUCAUACAUGAUUUUACACUUUAAACCACGUGAACCUACACGAGAUUGGAUUGAAACAGCUGCAGCACAUUUAGCCGCCAAUACAAGCGACUAUGACGAUAUGGAAAAAGCAGUUCGGGAUGUUCUUCGCACUCUUCUACGUGAAACUUUCCUCUUAGGCAGUUGUUGGCUCACUCAAAUGUAUUCAUAUAUAUUGGAUAUGUUCAGAAUUAAUGUCAAACGAUAUCUUCUUAGUAAUGAAAAAUAUCCGCUCUUACGCGAUCAUGAUCAAUUUUUAAAUGCUGUCGAUCUUGAAUAUCACAUUGUCGUACGAUCAAUGAUUCACGAUGCCAUACGUUUGAUUCGUUAUGCACGUAAUUCUAUUAGUGCCUAUUCACAUUAUGAUAUUACUGCACGCAUGUUAAAAUUGGUCUUUUCUAUUCCAAAAGAGAUCAAACAUGAGAAAUUUAAUCAACCUAUCGACGGUGUCUUUGUUCAUAAUACAAUAAACAAUACGUAUAUGAAAGCAACUCUUGCCGAUAUUUUCAAAUCCAUUCCACCAGAAAAACUUCUUGAGCAAAUCUACGGUUCCGAAUCAUUUUUAACGAACAAACGAGAUCCACAUACAGGAAGUCAUCAUUUGAAUGGGCGUCGCGCUAUUCAAGAACUUUAUACAGCCAGUUGUGGUCGAUUGUUGGAAGAUAUUCGAUCAAGUUUUAAUACAAGUGUUGUUAUGAAAAUUCACAAUUUUGAUCGAAUCGAUACUAAAUGGUUCAAAGAAAAAUCAAGUCGAUGUCCUUUAUCCUUACGUAUUAGUCGUAUGACCGAACAACAAAUUAGUGAAAUGUCCAAUAUGCGUUUGGAUGAAAUAAACGAAGCAUGUCAUAAAUCAAUAGAAAAGAUCGAAGCUUUAACUGAUGCUUUGACAUUUAUCGAUGCGGCUAUCAGGGAGAUGAACGAUGUACAACGGCUAAAAGGUGUUCAACGUCGAGUGCAGACGGAAUAUAUCAAUAAAGAAAGCUUGAGGCAUGGAGAUUACUUACGCAAGAAACAAGAAGUUGUUGAGACGCACCUUCGGCGACAAUUUCACUCUCAAAAUUCCUAUACUCGUUCGACUGGAGAAUCAAAUGAAAUCGAAAAUGAUAAUAUGCAUGAUGAUGAAUAUAAACUUAUGACAAUUCAUAAUCCAACAUUAGCAAAUAUUUUUCUAAGUGAAAUCUAUGAUAAACAUGAUCGAGAAGAUCUAACCUUUGGUUUUCUCGAUGGUGACUCACUCGAACAAGAUAAGAAUUAUUCACAUGCACAUGAUCAUUUGAGCGUUGAUCCAAACACAAUGAACUAUGACAAUAUUUCAGUACCUUCUACAUUUAAUAGUGAUCGUCAAUAUGAGAUGAUCAACAACGAUGGCUAUGUAAAUGUAGCAUCCGGUUACGGCAUGCAAACAAGUCCUAGACCUACACAGACACUUUCACAACCAAUAUAUCAAGCUAGUGUUCCAGAUGGAAUUUCUAUGAAUGAUGAUGCAAAUAGUAUGGUUAAACGAAAUCGUAUUCAACUAGCAAAAAGAUAA